UGUGAGAGUGACUUUGAAUUUGUGCUCCUAUUGUACCAUAAUAUCCCAUUCUUCAAUAGUAGCGUUUGGACAUACUUGUACAUAAUUAUAGCUUUGUAUGUGUUAAAUGUUUUAUAUUUUACCCUACAGUGGAUGAUAACCUCUUCUCGUUAUUAAAUCUCGACCAAUUUUGGUGACAAUCCAGGUUCUCAUGAUUCUCUGCAACGUAUAAUUAUACUGAACAACCAUUUCACCAAUCACUUAAUAAUUGAACACCAGCUAGCUCCAAUCAUCUAUAUAUUAUUCCUUUUGAGACACUGGUGCUUCAAUGUUAUGACUUCAACAUUCUUGUCUAUUCUGUAAUCAGCAGUUCUGCUCCUGAUAAUGUGUGGGGGGGGAUUUUAUAUGGAGGGGGUACAAUUAUAAUUAUGUUGAGUCAGCAAUUGCAUGUAAUAAGCUUUUUAGCCUAGCCUAGCCGGCAAGACGUACAUACUUGUUCUAGCUUGCAUGCUGUGUACAAAAUGGCUUUAGAGCCUUCGUUAACUAAAAACCACAGGAAAGAUGGGCUACUGCAGAAGAGAAUGAGCGAGUUUAUGAGCAGUACAAGGCAACCAACGCAGGUGUCCGGUGAUGGUAGCUGUGCUAGAACCGACAGUGGGGUCUAUUUUGGUCAAAAGGCAACACUGAGCACUAGUGGCCGUAAGGUGCCCGUGGUUGUGGAGUCCUUUGGAAAAACAAAUAGGCAUUGGAAUGUUCCUGUCAGUAUGCCAGCCUUCUCAGACCUCACCCCAAAUGGCAGUGACCCCUCCCCCCUCCGACUGCUUACAACUAGUGCUAUACCCUCCAAAUCAUGUGACCAUGAGGUGGAAACCGACUUGGCUCGUGUGCAUCCCAACUCAAACACAAACGGACGCAUGCACCAAAAACUGUUCACCCUUCCAAAUGGCGAUACUAGCAGUGGUAUUCGCAAUCACUCACCAAAGCUACCAAGCGUGCAAGAUCAAGGACUGAUGAAGCUAGGUAUGCUACAUUCAGGCAAAGAUAUGUUUUCAAUAGAUACGAUUGGGAGAUCACGACCAACAGUUCUCUCAUCACCUAGUGGUGGCGGUGACAGACAAUUAGGAAGUUAUUCUCCGUAUACAUGUAUGUCAACAUCGCCACCAACUUAUAUCCCUCUUCGCUCCGAUAGACUCACAUCCUCCACGCCCCUCACACCCUCACCAACAUCCCCACACUCAUCUCGCACAUUUUUCAUAUCAUACUUUGAUCUUGUGGAUACUGAAGUCAAAUUCCUCGACCAGAACCAUUCUUCUCGUGGUAUUGUUAAAAAGGUAUCUUCUAACAAAAUCGCAACAGUUUUGAAUUAUUCUGGAACUGAAGUAAAAGUCCCUUGCUCUGGUCUGAAACUUGUAUCUCCUGCUCCCAAGGACAAGGUUAAGGUGGUGUGCUCAAACACUGGUACUUCGAAAAUUCUUGGAAAAAUUGGAACUUUGCUGUCUUUAACUGGAGAUAGUGGUGUUGUUGAUUUUUUGCCUUUCAAUGGUGACGUCAGUCGAAACCUUGCCCAAGUCAAGUUAUCCUAUCUAGCCAAGUAUCUCAAAUUGAAAACAAAAUCUCAUGCUACUUUGCCAGCGACUACAUGUGCUACAUCUACAAAUUCGAUCUGGGGAUCUAUAGUUUUGAAUGGUGGGUCAUAUCCGUUUGCUCCAUACCCCACACUCACAAGUGCCUCAUUUCCAGGCGUGUUGCCAAUCGUUGGAUCCUCUAAUCUCUCUCUCUACAAUCCCCUUGCUCUGUCCAGCGCCAUGUCAACUCCUAGUGGUAGCAGCAUUACGUCAUCGUUCAAGCCCUUUACACCAUCCACCAACGACUCCACUCGUAAACACAAUUCAAACUUAGGUCUGCCCUUUUCAUUUCAAAUUCCACCUUUAAACUCAUCAGGGAAGAAUUACUCGUUUGGUAAUUCGUCGCUUCAGCCAAUCAGUCGAGGUGGUACAUGUAGCAGUGAUAGUGGUGGUAAAAUGAGGAGACACUCCAGUAAUGGCCGCCAGGAUGUGGCCGAGACCAUUGAUCGUCUGCUGUCCAGUCAGAGGAGAUACCAUGCAAAUAAAGAAGAUGAUAGCAACACGGAUGUGAAGGCUUCUUGUAUCAGAGUGUCCCUCGUCUGUCCAAUCAGCCAGAAGAGACUAAUAUACCCUUCAAGAGGGUCCCACUGCAAGCACCUCCAGUGUUUUGAUGCAGAGGCUUACAUUCUGAUGAACAUACAUCACAAGCUCAAGGCCAGAGUGAAGCAAGCUAAUGGCCGGUCGAUUAUACAGCCCCUACCCAACAAGAAGUGGCACUGUCCCAUCUGUCUCAAACACGUCCCUGAGAGUCAGCUCUACAUUGACAAAUCUUUGAUGAGUGUGGUGACGGAGAUGGGGGACUCUAUGAUGGAAGUGGAGCUGAGUGAAGAUGGAUCAUGGCAGCCAUACAAAAAGGUUGUGGUGGACGUGAUAGACCUUACUGCUGAUGAUUAGUACUAAUAACUGUAUGUCUGUGUUUGUGUGCUCUCAUGCAUCUUACCUUUCAAUUCUUCUUUGUUAUAUAUAGACAUAAUCUUAUAUUUAUUAACGUUUUUUAGCGGGAACUGUGUCUAUUAUUUCGUUGCCAUUUUUGCAAAAAUGUGUUAUGAGCAAAUGAA